CAAAAGUCGAGCACUUGAUAAGGAAAUCUGAAUCGCGCACUAUGAGACCUCGACGCAUUAACAAUAACAAUAGCAAUAACAGUAGCGAAAUGGAUAAGUCGGCCCGCCAGUUUGGAGUAACAGCGUCCAAAAGCCAGUGAUCGACGAAGCGUGCGCUGGGAAAGAUGUCGGCGCCUCCAGAAGUAGCAACAAAAACAGCAGGAGAACUUAAAGAUUUGGGAUCUCCAAGGGAUUCGGGAUCAGUAUCAGGAUCACCUUGCUUCAUACUCGCCCUGGAUGUGGGCACCACCUGUGUGCGGAGCUUCGUCUUGGACGAACGAUGUGUCGUCCGGGGAUCGGCUGUGGAUUCGGUGGAGCUACUGAACCCACAGCCGGGCUACUUUGAAAUCGAACCGGAGAGCUUGUGGCGCAAAAUUGUGAACGUUAUAACGCUGGCGGUAAAAGAGGCCAAGCUGACGCCCCAGGACAUCACCUGCCUGACCAUCUCCACGCAGCGCUGCACCUUCCUCACCUGGGACCAUCGCAGUGGCGAGUACUACCACAACUUUAUCACCUGGAAGGAUUUGCGUGCCGAUGAGCUGGUGGACCAGUGGAAUACCAGCUGGACAAAGAGCUCCAUGAAUUGGUUCUCAUACGCCCUGUUCCUGCUCACGCGGCAAUCGCGAUUUCUCGCCGGCAGCGUGCUCAAACUGAUGAAUGGCCAAGUGACGCCGCGACUGCUCUACGAGAUAAUGCACAACAAGAAGCUGAAGAAGGCUCUGAUGCAGAAGAAGGCACGCGUGGAGCUGCUGGACUCGUGGAUCCUGCACAAGCUGCGCGCCGGCAGCAGUGGCGACAAGGAUGUGGAGCACAUAACCGAUGUAACCUCGAGUACGGCCACGGGAUUGUAUGAUCCAUUUACCCUAAGCUGGUCGCCUCUGAUAAGCUGGCUCUUUGGCAUCAAUUCAAAAAUCUUGCCACGUGUGGUGGACAAUGCCUACAAGGAUUUCGGGCAUGUACAUCCGUCUGCUUUGGGUGCCCAGUGGGCCAACACAAAGAUUCCUAUUGCUGCCUCGCUGAGCGACCAAACGGCUGCCAUGUGGGGCUCCCAGUGUUUCAGAAAGAACGACGUCAAGGUCACCAUGGGCACCGGUGCCUUCUUGAAUUUGGUCACCGGUGACCGCUGUCAUGCUGCCAUCUCUGGGAUGUAUCCCCUGGUUGCCUGGCAAUUGAAGAGCAGAGCCAUUUACUGCAUCGAAGGAGCAUCCCAUGACUUUGGCACUGUGGUUACUUGGGCUCAAUCCUGUGAGCUCUUUGAGAAUCCCUCUGAUACAGCGGACAUUGCACAGUCUGUUCCCGACACGAAUGAUGUCUUCUUCAUGCCCGCCUUCAGUGGCCUGGGGCCCCCGGUGAACGAUUAUCGGUCAGCCAGUGGCUUCAUUGGCCUCAGUCCGUCCACUACCAAGGCGCACAUGGUGCGGGCCCUGCUCGAGAGCAUAGUCUUUCGCCUGGUGCAACUGAUCGAGGCUGCCGAAAUGGAAACCUCUCAGAAGCUUCAAAUGAUUAGAGUUGAUGGCGGCGUCUCCCGCAACGACUUCGUCUGCCAAUUCCUGGCCGAUCUCAGCCAGCUAAGAGUGGAGCGGGCUGAGAAUGCGGAGAGCAGCAUCAUGGGCGCCACAUUCAUGGCGGGCAUUAAUCACGGCAUCUGGCGCGAUGUGGAAGAUCUCAAGUGUUUCCGGAAAGUGGAGCGUAUCUUCGAACCGCGGCCCAAGGAGUUCGACACCAUCGCAAACCGGAUGGACAAAUGGAGCCGGACAAUAGCUCGGUUCAGCGACUGGUACUAGGUUUUAGGUGUUACACUGUAUUCGAUUUUAUUUGUUAUACUCUGAAGUCAUUAAAUACUU